AUGAAUAAUAGCGAAAUUAAUAAUAUAUCAAAUUUGGCUACAGACAGCAAUGCUGGUGAUGGUGUGGAUAGUGAAAUGAAGUUGAUUAGAGAUGCUUAUAUACAAAAAGAACUAAAACAAAAUGUAUCAAAAAAUAAACGAAAAUUGCACAUAGAUAUUUUGGAUUUAGAAGAAUUAAAAUAUUUUCAAAAUUUAAAAAGAAGAGAAUUUGAAGAAUAUUUGAAAAGAAAUAGACUUGAUGGACCACAGUGGAUAAGGUAUGCAGAUUAUGAAGUUGAACAAAGAGAUAUACAAAGAGCUCGCUCUAUAUUUGAAAGAGCGUUAAGAGUGAAUAAUGCAAAUAUUCCUCUAUGGAUUCAUUACAUUGACGUAGAGUUGAAAAAUAAAAGUAUUAAUCAUGCAAGAAAUUUAUUAGAUAGAGCAACUACUCUUUUACCGCAGGUUAGUAAAUUAUGGUAUAAAUACGUUUAUGUGGAAGAGGCGUUGGGACAAAUUGAAUUAGCAAGAGAAGUUUUCCGCAAAUGGAUGGAAGUAACGUCCAAUGAAACAGAUUGGGAUUCUUACGUUGAAUUUGAAAUACGGCAUCAAAAUUAUGACAAUGUUAGAAAACUUUUUAGCAACCAUUACCUUAAAAAACAUUCCAACGCAGAAUCUUGGUUAAAAUGCGUCAAUUUUGAACAAAAUUAUUCGAGCGUUUCUAAUGUAAGGAAUGUAUAUUCAUUGGCUGUAGAUACAUUGGCAAAUAAUGGCAAUCAAAUCAAUGCUCUGGCUAAAGUUGUAUCCCAUUUUGCCAAUUGGGAAUGUGAGCAAGGUGAAAUGGAAAGGGCUUCAAAAUUGUACGAAAUUUGUCUAAAACAAUGGCCUAAUAAUGCACUGUUGAAAAAUUUCUACGCUAUUUUUGCUAAACAAUUCGGUGACAAAGAAUUCAUAUUAGAUAAAAGGGCAGCCCAAUACAGAGAGCAAUUAUUAAAUAAUCCAACUUUAUAUACAGUAUGGUGGAUCUAUUUUGAUUUACUUGAAAAUACUAGUACUAAUACUGAUAAUUUAAAAGAAGCGUUUGAAUUGUUUGAGGGAAUUUCAUCCACACCAAACAGUUUGGAGAAAACUGAUGAAUGGAAACAAUAUAUAUGGAUAUGGAUUAGAAUUUUGACAACGUCUGAGUUAAAAUAUGGAGUUCGGCACACGACGUCAAAAUAUGAGUAUUUGGUUAAUCAAGUUUUGAAGAAGAUUCAAAAGUUUACCUUUGGUAAGAUAUGGGUAAUGUAUGCUAAAUACUUAAUAAGAAAUCUUGGGGAUGUUAAAAAGGCUAGAAAAACCUUAGGAUAUGCCCUGGGAAGAUACCCGAAAAAGUCAAUUUUUCAUAAAUAUAUUAAAUUGGAAUGUGAUUUAAAGGAAUUUGAUCGUGCACGGAAACUAUAUGAAAAAUUAAUUGAAUUUGAACCAUUAAAUCUUCAAUCCUGGCUGGACUAUGUAAAAUUGGAGGACACUUUGGGCGACAUAGAGAGAUGUCAUGGUAUUUUUAAUGCUGGAUUGAAAGUGUUUAUCUCAACUGAUGAAGAAAAAAAAAGGGACGAAAAAUUGUUACCGAAAUGGUAUAAUGAAUACAUUAAAUUUGAAACCGAGCAAAGUGAAUAUACGGAAGCCCGAAAACUGUGGAAUGAUUUCUGUAAUAAAGUGGGGGACACAGAAACUCAAAUAUGGGUUAAUUGGGCUUAUUGGGAAUGCUCGGCACCUACUGAUUCUCAAUUAGAAGUCUUGGACAAAUAUAGUGAUGAAAACGAGGAUUCUGAAAGUGAGGAUAUGAUAAAUUUUGAUAUUACUCAAGAAAACAUUGAAAAUGGACGUAAAGUUUUAGAAAAAGCAUUGGUUAACUUCCGUGGAGAUCCAAUAAAAAGGCUUGCUAUUUUAAAAAAAUAUGUGAUAUUUGAAAAGACCUAUGGCACUAAUGAACAUUUGAAGCAUAUACAAUCUAGAUUGCCGAUUAUUAAACAUGUAUUACUGAAAAAAAAUGGAAUUGAAAAAGAUAGCAUUCAAUACCAGUUUCCUGAUGAUGCAAACCUCUCUAAUGGAAAAAAGGACGAAGAAAACCAAGAAAGUGAGGAAAACUUAGCGUCAAGUAACCCAAUGUUAAAAUUACUAACAAAAGCAAAAGAAUGGAAGGAACAGCAAUAUCAGGGAUAA